AUGCGGGAAGCCCAAAUCGGGGCGGCGACCAUAGUCGAGCCAGUCGCUGGUUCUGAGGAGGGAACACGUCAUUGGGAACCGGGUUUACACGACGAGGGCGAGAUUCGAGAGCAGGAACCGCCAGAUUUCAAUCGAUUGCAACUGUGGGAGCAACGCCAGGCUGAGCUUCGCCGUCGAGGGAAAGAGGGUGCUGCAGAUUAA